UGUUUCCGGCAAACGCCGACCAAUCAAAUGUCACUACAACAAAUUUUUAUAGUCUAUAAAAGCGCCUCAAAGCCGUUUGUCACUUUCGCAGACCGUUGCGUUUUACAAGAAUCCUGCCGCGCCUUGAUCCGCCUCCAAGUGACAUUGUGGGCAAAUAAAGUGUUGUCUGAGGAGAAGGGGUUCAAAAGUCAGCUCCAAAGUAAACAUAAAACUAAAAAGGAAACUAGUUCAGGGUGUGCUGCGCCGACUGCCAGAAGACAGCCGGGAGAGGCUCCAGCGCAUUCGCAACCCUUGUGAGGAUAACCUGCUCGGAUAAUGAAUUGGACGGGAAAUAAAAAAAAGCAUGACGGACGCUAACAGGAUCUUUGGAGACGGGAACCACAUCGGGCUGGACAUGUCAACCAUUUUAACCCUUUCAUGCUAAAUAAUAACCUGGAAACCUGAUAAGCUGUCCACUGUACUAGCCACUGUCCCUGAAAGGAUUAAGGAAAAAAAAAAAUCUGUUUUUGUUUUCAGUUUUUAUCAUCCAAUCCUGGAAUUGAACGUCAGCAUCUUUUUCUCGGUCUGACGGGAGAAAGUUUGCCAUGGAAGGGAGCUGUCCAGACUCGUCGAGUCAGGAGGCAUGCGGGAACCUAUCCCACUACCUCCGCCUGCGCUUCCCUGAGGAACGCCACAUUCCUUUGCAGCUUCUCCGUCCACAUUGGCAUUGACAUAAAUCACCAGCUCCACCAUUAAUUCCCCGAGCAUCCGAAGCAAAAUCCCACUGUGGCAGCGACUGCACAGUAAGCGACGCUCAGACACUGGAAACUGGUCACUCAUGAGAAACUAGUGUAGGUUGGAAAACGCGAAAUGGUCUUGAGUGUUGACACAACUGUCGGAUUGGGUCAUCAGAGGUCAAGCGUGAGCUGAGCUAUCAUUGCCAAAUCCAGAGAGGCGGCGAUUGGUGGGUGCACUGGGAAGCUGUCACUCUUGAGAAAAUAUCUCAGCUACAUGCAAGCUUGUGGGAUCGAACAAAGCAGCCCUCGGAAUAACUCCGAAGAUAGUUCUCACACUUGGUGCCAAGAGAUUGCAGGAUGCCUGCGACUGCCUGUCAGGCACGUCCAGAAACACAUCGACAUGGACGUCCGUAGGCAUGGCCGUGCUGACGUCGAGCUGUCCAACUGUAGGCCGUACAUGCUGGGGCCCUCGGUGACUCACCUCCCGGGGCUAUAAGGAGGAGCCUCGACGGGAGCGCGGAAACCAGUUGCGCGACUCUCCCGCUGUGAUUCACUUCAAGAGCUGGAAGCUCGUUGGCGUGAACAGAAGCACAACAAGUAGGACCCCCCCCACACUCCUCCCCUCGCCUCUGCCCCCGCUUGGCCAGCCGGGACCCUGCUUCCGCCAGGAACCCCUCUCGCUAGAUAACUGACUUGGAGCUUUGGCGUGCAUUCCACUGAAGGAACCAGUUGGACGGGAUUCUGGGGCUUUGACAGGGAUUUGCGUUUUGACUUUUGCGGGUUGGCCGUUCAGUCGAUAUCGUCGGGACGCUUCUACCCGCUCGAGGACUUGCAAAACCGCCAGGAAUAAAAAAAAAAAAACUCUUGGACCCGGCUGAACCCCGGACGCCAUCUUUACCAGCUCCUUUCCCCCCCAGAGAAGAUUCCUCCGCUCCCCACAUGGCAAACGGCUCCAUCUACCAGCUCAUCGAGGACUGCGAAGCCACGCACAAGGGGCUCUACAAAUUCUACGCCGCCGUCAUGAUCAUCAUCGUCAUGCUGGCCUUGCCUCUCAACAUGUCAAUCCUGCACCUCUUCAUCUUCAAGUUGAAGUUCUGGAAGUCCAACACCAACAACGUCUUCCUGUUCAACCUGGUGCUGGCCGACAUGCUGCUGCUUUUCAGCCUGCCCAUCAAGGCGUACAACUAUAUCCAGGGAGAGCGGCGGAACAGCAACGACGCCGUGUGCAAAGCCAUGCUCUUCAUGCUCUUCCUCAACCGCGGCGCCAGCAUCGCCUUCCUCACUGUCACGUCCAUCGACCGCUACUUCAACGUGGUGCACCCGGGACGCAAGAACCUGCUCAAGGCUCUCAAGAAGUCGCCGCACAUCUCCAUUUUCAUCUGGCUGCUGCUCCUACCCCUCACCAUCCCCACCAUGCUCAAGAACUUUGAUUGCUGCAAUAGCCACAAGAGCGACGGAAACCAGGAGGACACCCUGAUCAAGGAUGUGGUGGACAGCUUACGAGAGGCGGUCUUCUUCACGCAAAUCGUCAUCCCCUUCGUCAUCCUGGUCUACUGCACCGUGCACAUCGUCAACCGCCUGCGCAAGAAGACGGUGGGCGACAGGACCAAGCUGAGGCGGGCCGUCUUCCUCGUCACCACCGUCAUGGUGGUCUUCUCGCUCUGCUUCCUGCCGUGUACCAUCGCGCGGGCGGUGCUGCUGGUGGCCCGCGUGCAGGAGUGGCACGAAUCGUACCAGGACAAAGCCACCGUGGCCUUCGACGGCCUCAUGGUGCUGUCCUACUUGGACUGUCUGCUGGACCCGCUCGUCUACUGCUUGAGCAGCACCAAGUUCAAGGCGCUCUACCUGUCCACUUAUUUCCCCUUCUUGCUGAAGGAUGGGCCGCUGCCAAUGGACAGCUCCACGGGGAACACCACGCCCAACCCCAAACGCAACAACGUCAUCUGAGGGACGCCGACCAGUAGGGCGUCUGCUUUGAACUCUGGCCACGAUGUGGACUUCAUUCGUAAAACUGUACGUUGACGUUCAGCGGGAAGGAUGAGAGGUUUGACAUUCUGGAUUUAAAGGGGGAGACAUUUGUCUUGGUUUUCAAAAACCAAUUAUUGACUGACUGAAUGAAAACAUGUUCUUGGGCAACAAGUGACAUAUUUCCUGUCUCCGGUGGCCUUUGGGGCACACUGUAUUU